GGAAAGUCUUAAAUUGAGGGCAAAAUAUGCCGCUCAAUACAAGGCUACUGGAAAGUGGAAACCUCCCGAAGAAUGUGCUGAUCUUAUACCAGCGAAGGAUGCAAUGGGUUAAGAGGGCAAGCAAACCAUCUUUCAAAGACAAUUUGUUUAUUCCCAGGCUGUGUCUUCCUGAGUGUUCUUAACUGGAGUGAUGUUAAUUUGAUUUUCUGAUGUAAAUAAAGUUGAUAAAUAAAAAUGCAUUGUCUUUGUGUAGAUUCAAUAAACAGGGUUGACAAUAAUCAGUUUUUGAACCCACUUGCCAAACAGAGUUGUAAGGAGAUGCAAGGAUCCAACUUACCCUUUUUGUGUAGAUUUUGGCCAGGACUUGUAUACAUUUUCAUUGAAUUGCAUUAACUUGCUUUCUCUUUGAUCAAAUGUCUUUGAUCAAAUGAAAUUUGCAUCCAAGUUCACGCAAGUGCUUCACCAUUAUUUUUGUCACCCUCAUCCAACUUAGUAUGUAGUUAGGAGAGUCACCACAAGUUGUUUUUGCUGUAUUAGAAAUGACCCAUCAAUUCCAAAGUCCAUUUCAACUCGUGUUUUAAGACUUGUGAGUUCAUUUUGACAGGCGUUAUUGAGCAGAAGGUGAGUAGCCUGUUUUAGGUUUGGAUUGCUGGGAACUGGGAUGUAGCUCGGUGGCCAAAUACCUCACUUCAGUCAAGACCCCUUUCUAUUUCAAUUCCUUGCAUAGAGAGCCAACUUUAUUUCAUUUGUGCACAUUUGUUUGCCUUUCUCCUGCAGUAUUUGAGUUUGGGACAUAUUUAGGGCUGACUUUGGAAAAAUCAAGGCUGAUCUCUGAAAACGUUAGCCUGCGAAUGCAGACAGAUUUCUGGCUAUUACUUUGUUAUGAAAAAGUAGAUGAGACAUCAAUUUUACUGAUCAAACUAUUAAUUUGACUGGAUCAAGGAAAGCAUGCUGUUGCCUCAGUUCAGGCACGUUAUUCAGUUCUCCAUGCAUCUGGAUCGAAUUUUAGCUGAAUAUCCGUGAGAUGAUCACAGUUCAUGGCAGCUCCCGUCCCCCAACUCACGGCUCUUUUUAAUAAUGUAGAGUGGGAAGCUGGGGCGAGUGAUACCCAGCGGUCUUUGCGGAAAGAGAAGCCAAGUUACUUGCUUGUUGCCAAGAUCUUUAUGCCGAAAGCUGAAAGUGAUAAAUCACAUUGAUAAUUCUCUAUUUAAAUGAAAUCACGGAGUUGCUGUUGCAUGGGAUGGCUUAAUCAUUCUACUUGCAGCCUUUUGUGGAUUUUUGGGAGGAUGUAGUAUGUUAAAGGGCGCUUAUUCUGACAAGUUCAAAACUAUCCAAAAAGAGCAACUGGACAAGUUCAAGGAAGAACAAAAGGACUCACUGAAGACAAGAGGUGAUAGAGCAAAGGAACUAUCAAAGGAAACAAAUCGUAGAAGAAAAGCUCUUGAGGAGAGGAAAAAAGAACAACAAGACAAUGAGGAACAGAUAAGAGAGGAGGUUUUAGCCAGGAGAAAACAAGAGCAGCAAGAGGCAACACAGAGAUUCCAAAAAGAUACAGUACACAAGAAAAAACUUAAAACACAGGUGAAUGGAAGUGAUCAAGAGCCCAUUUCAGUUGUUCGUGGUGGUCGCUAUGUAGUCAGAGGUCAUGUGGUUGAAGUAAAGGAUGGAAAGCAAAUGCCAUACAGUUCUCCACAGGCGACAGAAAGACUUCAUCAAGGUGGACCAGCAGUCUGGAGAACUGAAAUGCCCGAUAAUUACGACUUUCAAAGCCGAUAUAAAGAUUUAUCAAACAACCACUCAAACAGUGGAAUUUUAUACGCAAUGACUGAAGAUAGGCAGUAUUCCAUGCAGCCUGCCUUUGACCCGGCAUAUGCAGGUUCUUCAUCUGAUGGGAAGAUUGGUAAUGGAAUGGAAAACGGACUCGUUCCUGAUACAUGGACAGUGGCCCAGCAGGAAAAGUUGCGAGCUGAUGCCAUUGCUAUGACUGGACCAAAGCUCGCUUUCAUCAAUGAAGAGUCUCAAAAGGAACCCCCUGAAGGGGCUUUGCCGUGUGCCAUGGGCAGGGACUCGCCAGGAGGGAGUAUCACAAGCUUAGAUAGUUUAGAUGAAGUCCCUCAAUUGACGGGGCUUGGAAAAGGGCAAGAGUCGGGAGCAUUUUCUAGGUCUGGAAUAAUUGCCAGGGGAGUUAAAGAAACCAAAUCUGCUGGUAAAAGAAGGGUCACCUUUUCGGACAGCAUCGAGUUUGAUGAUGGUGUCACUGGGCAACUUGUCACGGAAGAGAAACAAAGUACCAAAGUUUACACCAUGUUGUACGCUCGUAAUGCCAACAACUAUUACAGCAUGCCGUCUUCAAGCCCUUCAUCAACAACGAGGCACUCAGGAAUGAGCCAGAAGGUCAACAAGUCAACAGUACUGACAUCUGCAUCCCAAACGGGGACUGAGCAAAGUAGUCCAGUAUCCAGUGUAGUUAAAACAUCAGGAAAUGAGGCUUCCGUUGCAACUGUGGUUCACUCUGACCAUCCCAGAGUAAAACCGGUUCCUCUGGAAAGUCCACAAAUCAAACCUGAGAAAACACCAGCUUCUUCAAACCAAGAGAUUCGUGUUAAAGAGCCAGAUGAACCAAAAGAUGAAACUGAUGUUGUCAGUGAUGUGGAGCUUAAUGACAGUUUGGAAGUUGAAAAGGACAGCUUGGACGGCGAAGAUGAUCGUUUAAAGAAUGUUCGCUUAAAUGAUCAAAAUGAUUUGCAAUGCGACGAAAGCAGAGCUGUACACUGGACUGCUACAGUAUCUCCCUCGGCGGUGAAAGAUUCUUUAGAAAGGUACGUAAAGAGCACUGGUGAAAUACCUGCAGAUGAACCAAUUGAAACGUUUCCGUCUAGCGAUGGUGGUUUGGAAGAGAGGAAACCUGUUUAUUCCAAGCCAGGGUACAUCACAGCCUCUUCUGUUGUCAGAUCCGGGUACGAGUAUCAUUACCCAUUUGACAGUAGUGCAGUUCAAGCAGCUACGACGUCUCCACAUGUUUACCAUCAAAGUACACCAGUGCACGGUGGCGUGCACCUCGCAAGCCAGGGAACAUUCCAUUCCAACUUCCCUUAUCCUUUCUACACCAGUGCUGGGUCUGUGUUAAUGGGAGUAGGUGAAGCUCCACAGGAACCCCAUCAAAUUGGAACUUCACCCAUUUCGCUAACCUCUCAUUUUUCAACAAUAAAUUAUCGUCCUGAAGGCCGAGAAGUUGCCUAUCCGACCAGCUCUCGAGAGAUUCCUGCCGCAGAAGCGGUUUCAUCGUCUUCUACGGUGAAUGUGGGACAUACUUUCAACAGUCACACUCCCGCCAUCACUGGAGUUAGAGACGGCGACAGUCGGUGGGUUGAAACCAAAAACGAGACAAACAAAGCUGCGACAUCUCGACAGAAGCUUACAUCUUCGCCUUCCUCGACGGCAUCUUCUGCCUCAUCAACUAGUACAAGUAAAUCCAAAAGAUCUAUGAUCCCGAGACCCCCGGCCACAAAGAAAUCUGGUAAAAGUCGCUUUCACCCAGGUGGUCUCCACAGAAAGCAAAUUACUGCUCGUCCACGCAAAGCAAACUAUAACCAUUCUGCUGUAUCCGACAGUGGUCACUCGGUAAAAACCGCAAAGACGAGCACAAAUAACAGAAAUAGCCAAAGGGAACAUGCAGGCGAAAGGCAAAACUCAGAUUCAAAAAGAACAGAGAGUAGCAGGAAUGGAACAGAGAGGAUCCAUUCCAAACGAGCAAACAGCAACGAGAAAAAUAACAGCGCUGAUCAUGACGAUAUUAUUGAAAGCAUCAAACGUAACAUGGAGAUGAUGAGCAUGAGAACGAGGACCACAGCAGCCGAGGAACAGCACCAGCGGAUCCUGAAUUCACUGAGGCUGGAGUUUGGCGAUGGUAGAAAGGUGCAGCAGGAACCAGCGGUCUAUGGUGGGAAUAGCGGAGAGAGGGAUGGUGCAGCUGAACAUCACAUCAAAACACAAGACCCUGCCAGUCGAAGAGUACAUCAUCCUCGGGUGGGAUCGGCUGGAUCAAGAAGUGGCAGACCUCCUGCUGGCUUCAGUGUCAAGUUGGAUCUUGUCGAUGACAGCAAUCACCAAGCGGGAUUUGAUGGAUAUCCAAACAGAGAUAAACCACUUGAGAAGAAGAGUGUUCAAAGAGUACCUAGUGACGGAGCAAGAGGAGUUGUUCGGAAAUCCCCGUAUGAACCAGUCUUGAACCAGCAGUUCGCUUACGACGACAGAAGACAUGAAUAUCCCACGUCAACAGUUGGUCAUUCAACAAGUGCCGCUACAACAAGUCAAGAGCGAGAAAGGCCAUUACAGGCGAGGGGGAGCACGCUUUAUGAACGGGAGGAUAGCGACCAAAAGAGGUCCAUAUCUCUAGACAAGACGCCUACAGACGAUGAAAUUAACCACCUCUGGGCCCAUGUCCGAUCGUAUCUUCAUGGAGGAAACACCAAGUCCGUCGGAUCAGACUCCUGCGUGAACAGAGUUGAUGUUCGGCGUUCUAGAACACGCUCCAGCUCGAUGCAGCAAGUUUACAAUCCGCGCGCUGCUGUCCCGCAGCAGAAUCCACCAGGCGGCCAGCUGUUGAAUGCGCAACACCUUGGGGUACCCCCUCAGACUGGGGGAAGCACGCUCGGAGGUCUUCGCCGGUACGGCUCUCAUGAGGUCCUCAGGAGAGAUAGCUCUUCGGAUAGUUUGUCAUUUAAGAGGUCGCCACUGUUGCAGCACCGUGCUUCGAGAAACAGACGUCCGCAGAAGCACGCUCAUGGUCAGAACGGCAGACCGCCAUUGCCGCGACAGCAUGAGUAUAAUCCUUCACCAAGUCAGGCUGGACCCUCUGCUUCAGUAUCUAGUAGAGCCCCGCAGCCAUUGUCGCCAGCGGAAAUGCAGGCUGUGAUGAUGGCCUCAGAAAAGGAAUUGUUUCAUAGGCAUCAACAAGAUGCACACACAGAGGUGUCUCCUCACCACCAAUACCAAGCUAUGAUGAGCGGCAGAGCAGGUCCUAGUGCUCUUUCAUUGGAGGAACAGCGGUUGCUGCAGUCUUUGGAUCGUUUGAACGAAAGGUUAAAAGCCCAAGAGGAAAUCACCAAAGCGAUUUCACAGAAACCUAGAAUGAAUGGCGGUGGCCUCCGAAAGACCCAACAGAGUCCUUCUGGUUCAGGAACGAGACAAGCGCAGGCCAAUCAACAUUUGACGACCAGGAACCUUCUUCACACUAGAUAAUAUACAGAAAAACGCCGCGACUAUCAUGACAGAAUGUGCUAUUGCCGCGAAGUUAUCGACAGUCCAUGAACAUCACCACACAGUCAGCUCGGAUAGCCAUAGCGUGACGAAUUGAAUUGAGUGUUAAUAACGCGUGGAUAUCCAUAUACACUGCGACUGUUUCUGAUCCUCUGUUUCAUACAAGAUUUAAUACCGAGACGCUGUGAACAGUCUAAUUUUCGAUUAUCUUUUUUUAAUCAUAGUUUGGGGAGGGUUGUUGUGUUUCAUAAAAUUCAUUCGCUAUGCCAUCAAAUUGUAACUAAAAGUAAAAAUGCGUUGCUGACAAACUGAGAGCUAGCUUUUGCAACCUCGGUUACGCGUGUCUGCCAAGCUUCUAGAUGGUAUGUGGAAAUGUCCAGCAAACAACAGAAGUGGAGGUCACCAAUAGAGAUUAAAUCUGGCGAAUAGAACACUCAGUUUUGUCGGUGACAAGAAACAUGCCAAAUAAGAUUGCCUUCUUUUAUUGUUCACACAUACCUUUCUUUCAAGUGGUCUCUUGUGUUAGGUUUUGCUUAGGGGUUGUAAACUGGAUCGCGAAGGGAUGUUUGACGAAAAGUGAGGUUGUUUCAUCCAAAGUUCAUUCUUCGUAUCUUUCCAUGUUAUGUACAUAUUGUAUAGCGUUCAAAAAACUUCAAGAUACUUUAUAGUAAAGAGAGAAGUUAUUUAUUGUUAUAAAGCUAGAGUUGUCAUGAGGUUUGUAAUGGCCUUUGGCUCGUAGAUUGUAUGUUCGGUGGUGUGUCUAUUAGUGGUAUUUGUAGAAAUGUAAAUAAGAAACGAAUGAUGGAAAAUAAAUUCCCUUUCUGAA